AACGUGUUACUUUUCGGGGAGACUGGAGUUGGAAAGAGCGCCAUCAUCAACCUGAUUAUGGGAUGCGACGUUGCACAGACGUCGCCAGACGCAGCACCCUGCACAUUGCAACAUACCCCCCAUGAAGUCAAUCUUGCAGAUCGCCAAUUCAAACUUUGGGAAGUUUCCUCGAUCGACUCAAUGGGUUUUUUCCGGGCCCUUUUUACAAAAUGGCGCCUGAAAAAGUCAUUCAAGAAGCUGUACAAAGAUGACGGAGUCUACCUUCUUUUAUAUUGCUUGAGGGGAUCGAGGGCCCAGAGAGCACUGAUCAAGGAUUAUAAAUUCUUCACUGACAUCGUUGGCUCCACAGCCACUGUGGCAAGCCGCGUACCGGUCGCCGCUGUGGUCACCUGCUUGGAAGACUAUCCCAAGGACAUGGAUGUGUGGUGGACGAAGAACAAGGACAAUCUGGAACGCCUCGGAAUGCGGUUCUCCGCACACGCUUGUAUCACUUCUCUUCCUGACGAUCCAACAUACUCGCUCGCGAUGCGCGCACGUCGACAGAGAUCAGAACAAGUCAUCCGCCGUCUUAUUUAUGGGUCCUACAGAACAGGUACCGAAACACCUCGCAGUUCCAGUCCAGCUUCGACUCGAUGA